AUGGCCUGUUGUUCCAGUGCCAGCUUCCCUCCAGCCUGUUGUUCCAGUGUUGGAUUCCCUCUAGCCUGUUGUUCCAGUGCCAGCUUCCCUCCAGCCUGUUGUUCCAGUGCCAGCUUCCCUCCAGCCUGUUGUUCCAGUGCCAGCUUCCCUCUAGCCUGUUGUGCCCGUGCCAGCUUCCCUCCAGCCUGUUGUUCCAGUGCCAGCUUCCCUCCAGCCUGUUGUUCCAGUGUCGGAUUCCCUCUAGCCUGUUGUUCCAGUGCUAGCUUCCCUCCAGCCUGUUGUUCCACCUGUUGUUACAGUGCCAGCUUCCCUCCAGCCUGUUGUGCCUGUGCCAGCUUCCCUCCAGCCUGUUGUUCCAGUGCCAGCUUCCCUCCAGCCUGUUGUUCCAGUGCCAGCUUCCCUCCAGCCUGUUGUUCCAGUGUCGGAUUCCCGCUAGCCUGUUGUUCCAGUGCUAGCUUUCCUCCAGCCUGA